GCGUAAGUGAAGUGUAGUUCGAUGAAAAUGCUGCGUCUCAAAGCGGACCAUCAGUGCACCAUCAACCGUACAAGUCUUCAGUAAAGAAUGGAUGUUUCGCGCAAAGCGCGGUACACCGAUACCUCGUACCUAAUCUUCCAGCAGCUGGACAAGGGCGGCGUCCGGUACGCGUUCCCACUCGUCGUCGGCCUCCUUCAGUCGCCGCGGAAAAGCCCACCCGAAAGUGAGGGAAGACCCGCAUCCCCGAAGACUCCGUCCGGCGACACCACCAACGAGGCCCUCGUGAUCGACAGCCCCGAGGAGUCGAUUCUGGGGAAGCACAAAAAAUGCAGCACCUACAAGGCGAAGGACACCCGCAAGUCGGCCGGCGGUGGCAUCCCCCGGCGCCAGAGUAAAAUCGUGGAGAAGCGUCGGAAUCGGCGCAGUUUGGAGCUAAAGUCGGUCGAGGAGUUGCCCCGUGAGGAAGAGGAAACCAAAGAGCACCAAAGGCAACCGGAGCCGCAGCUGCAGCUGGAGGAAGCCGGGCGUACGGACACCAGCGCCGCCGCCGGUCAGGAUGAAACGAAAGUGCAAAUCUGUGAUAUAUCCGGUCGGGGAGGAACCGAUGCCACCGGCGGCCAUCGGACGAUCAGUGUCAUCAGUAGUGACGAGCCGGACAGUGUGCAGCAGAACAUCCGGGUGGCGGUAGACUUUCACCAUCGGCCCAACUCCGAGGUUGAGCCGCCUUCGGGUCCUUCGCGGUCGCUCGUCGAGGCGAACAACAACGAUUUGAAGUGCAAAACCCAAAACGAAGUGACUCCCCGGUCGACGGUUGACUCGGACGUGGAGUCCGUCAGCACGCUAACGCCCAGCAUCGGUCCGGGAGCCGACCUGCGGGUGCGGGAUGAACCACCGCGGCCAGGGUCGGACCUGUCGGUCUCGGUGGCGGCGCCGUCACCGGGUGUCCACCGGGUGGCGCCAAGUGUACAGAUCCGACGCAAACAGUACCCGUACGAGCCGUGCUAUCUGGUGGGCUCGGAGUUCAGUGACACAAGUGAUUUCACCGACACGGCCAGCAGCGUCGCCAGUGACCUAGAUGAGGCCGAAUACGCCCGGGUAGAGCUCCGCAAGAAAAAUAAUGCACAGGAUGAACAGCAAGCUGUCAACAAUUACAACUCGCUGCCCUUGCAAGCGAUCAACACUCAGCCGCAACAGCAGCAGCAGCAGCAUCUGCAACAGUCCCGGCCGGCCACGAACCUGAAUCAUGUAAAUAACAACCAUUAUCAUAAUUAUUCGCUCCAACCGCACUACCACCGGCAGCAGCAGCAGCAACAGCAGCAGCUACAACCGUACCGGCCACACCUCUCCCUUCCGGGGCCCCCGGCAAGGCCCGUUGAGCCAGCGUCCCUGCGGCUGAACUACGUGACGGAGCGCAUUCUGGCGUCGACGCUACCGGCCCGGCGGCACCAGAAUGGCGCAGCAUCCCAGCAUCCCUACGCCACCAGCGGAGCCCCGGGUCUCAACGGAUUGGCCGGCGUCGACGAGCACGAGCGUGAACUCAUCAGCAUGCUGGAACAGAAGCACCAGCAGAACUACCGGUUGUUUGAUCUGGAGUCGUGCCUCGGUAACAUCACGCUGGAGAAGCUGUGUGAGCUGUGCAAACAGAUCGACUCCUGUCUCGGCAGUGGCAAGGAGAAAAUCGUCGUUCUUCAGGACAGAGAGGACAAACAUCGGCUUGGUGCAGCGAUUGCCGCGUACCUCCAGUAUCAGAAGAUCUGCGGUUCGAAAAUUCCGCAUUCGGGCGGCCAGUCGAUGAGCUCACUGUCGCCGGGAGGAAGCUCGGACAGUGGCCGUAAAACGCCAACCUGGCUGGAUUUGGACAUUUACUCGACGCAGAAAUUUCUGGAAACCGUCGCCGGCCCACUGCGCAUUCCUUCGCACAAAAGAUACAUUCAGUACUUCUCGGGGCUGCUGUCGGGGAUGAUCAAGAUGAACUCGUCGUCGCUGUUCCUGAAGGCGAUCCGGGUCGAGUCUCCGCCGUGCCUGCACUACCGUGCCAUAACCGUAAACAGCGAGUGGCGCAGCUUCAUCAAGAUCUUCGAGGGCGUGCGGUGUCUGUUCACCUCCGACAUCUACGUCAUCCCGAUCACGACGCGCCACUUUAUCUACGAGAUUAAGCACCCGCUGCGAUUGCGGGGCGACAUUCUGGUGCGCUGCUACCAGAUCAUACCAAACAACAACAAGCCGAACUACGAGAAGGAGCUGAUCGCAUCCGUGCAAUUUCACACAUGUGCCAUAACCGAAAAGGAAGUACAAUUCAUGAAGAGGGACUUGGACCUAGCCUGCGAAGAUGAGCGUUUUUCCGGAGAGCACAAGAUGACGCUCUGCUUUGACACCGUACCGAACGAGCGGCCGAUGAUCCUCGUUUUCCAGGAUCCGCUCGUGCGAAUAGAGCCGAUAGCGGAGAACGGCGACCACUUGGAAACCAUCAACGAAGAUGACUCCAACCAUACGCAGGGUCCGCUGGACGGGUCUCUGUACGCGACGAUUCUGAAGAGCCCCAAGUCUCCGACGGCACCUCCGCAUCUCAUCUCGCCGCCGGCCGAGUUCAGCAACGGCAGCAACGGCGGCACCAAGCUUCCGCCACCACCGGUGCCGGAGCGGUCCAAAACGCCCAACUCGAUCUAUCUCACCCAGAACGGGGUCGGAUCGGGCCGCAGCACGCCGGUCCCGUUCGCCGUCGUCGGUCCACGGGCUCCGCCGUCGUCCGGUGACGCGGUCCGCCGCAGUCCCGCCGUCGUGGCCACCAGCUAUGCCGCCGCUGCGUCGGGUGGCAAAGCGAAACCGACCGGUGGUCAGGUCGAUGGCCGGGAAUCGGUGCGCAGUCCGCUGACGGUUUCGAUGGACUCUGGCAUCUCGAGCAGUGGCCCAGUUACCAGCAACCGUAAGUUGGACUGCAGCGUCUCGCCGUCCAGCUUUCCGAGCCCACAGGCGAGCCCACAAGAUGAUCGUCACCGGGAGCUGGAUGAUCUGCUGUCCGAUAUGAUGCUCACCGUGCAGGGCAUUCCGGAUGUCGGGAGAAAAGCGGAGCAAACGCAGAAUCCGAACGAUCACUUCGUGAACACGACCACGGACACGAUCAAGCGAUCGCCUUCGGCCGCGGCCGCGAACGAACGCGAGUUGCUGCAGUACGAAACGUCGAGCACGACGACGACACUCACGCCACCGCCGAGUGAGUGCGGCGGCCGCGAAACGCCCCUUCUUGGCGGUGGCGGCGGCUACGCAACGUCGGCGGCCGCCGCGGUUCGCGAGCUCCAAAAUAUAAAUAACAAUAAUCUGACGCCGGCGGAGCGUGAGCUCAUCAUGAACAUGCAGCACCACCGCCAUCGGCACCAGCACCAGCAGCAGCAUCAGUCGCUAGCGUACCCUCGGCCAGCGCGGUCCACCACCGGAGCUUCGGAACGGUUCACCUCGGACGACGACGACGACCUAUUCGGCGGUGGCUGCGGUGUCAGCGGAGGCGGAGGCGGCGGUCAGCAGAUACCGUACCACGCGCGCGAGGACUCGCGACCGUUCACGUACGGCAACAUCCCGGCGAGCGGGGUACCGCAGAAUCCGCCCGCCUCGACGAUGAUCAAGAUGCAGUCGGGCCUUUCGAGCCCGUCGAUGGUGCGGAAGGCGCUCGGGACGCCGACCGCACCGGCCCGCAAGCCGCUGCCCCGGAACGACUUCGAGGAGAUGUUGCGCGAGCGGCGCGAGAAGGUGCUGAGUGAAAAGUACACGAUCGGUGAUCAGUCGCGCGAAGGACCCAGUGCCAGUGACACCCUCAACAACAACAACAACAACCCUAGUGUUGGUGGUGACAAUCGCUGGACCUACCAGCACACGGUGAAAACGGUGACGCAAACGCAGAACGGUGCCGGGGCCAACGGCUAUCAGCUGCACGAGCCCCUCAAGCGCUCCAACACCAUGGACGGCAGCUUCGGACGGCAGUUCUCCAACGAAGGAAUUUCGGGACAAUCAUGGUUACAGCUGCAACAGCAGAAGCUGCGCGCCCGUCGGGAACAGCAGCGAAGGGAACACUCAAACGGCGUAAGCUACAACUACGGCAGCCCGGCAUUCCCUACCGGAGAGAGCGUCUACAAUACCACCCAUCGGCGGAGCCAAACGCUGUCGCCGGUCCGGAACGAGCGGACCUACCACACGAUGACCACCGGCAGGACUCAUUCGACCGAGCGCCCGUUCGUGGCCGUUCAGCGGGCGCACGAUCACGCGAAGCUGCAGACCAUUGGGUCUGCACCGCUCUCCAUCUUGAAUGCCUCACCGCACGGUCACAUUGCACAAGCACAAAUCCCAUCGCCGUCACCCUCAUCGGCCGCCCCGGCAUCGUCGGUGUCGUCGGCUUCGCCCGCGCCGACGACCUCACACUCGUCGCUGUCCACUUCCCAUCCGCACCACCAGCUGCUACAGGGUGGCGGGGCGAUCAACGGCAGCGCGGCCAGCAGUCCCAUCAACGGUCAGCCCCAGUCACCGCACAGCUAUCGUCACCAGCUCUACAGCCAGCAGCAGCAUCAGCAACACUUCAGCAACAGCAACACCCUCAACGGCAGCAGUGGACUGUUGUCCCUUGCCGCCGAGGAUCACUCGACUCCGAAGCACGGACAGGUCCGAUUGGAGUCCGAACAGAUAAUCUUCAGUAACAUAAACAGUCUGAAUAAUCUCGAUAACUGCGAAACGCUCAAUAACCUGCUAAACGAAAUAACCAACAGUGCGGCGGCCGUGGCUGCCGUGGCCGGGACGUCCCCGGAACAACUUGCACCCACCGGCGAUGCGGUGUCCGUGGCGUCGGCGUUAGCAUGCCUUAACACCACCACCUCCAGUGUAACUACCAGCUCGUCCUCGUCUUCCUCCAUGUCCACUAGCAAUAGCAGUAGCGCAAGUCUCAUUAAUCACCACCCUCAUCAGCUAAUCGAUCAGUACCACCACCACCACCACCAACACCACCAUCAUCAUGCUCAUGCAUCGCCGCCGCUGCCUCAACACUGCGUCCGAAACACGGCGGCACCGGAACCGAUGGAACUAUCCUCGCCGGACGGCAGCUUCGACGAGAAACCGUCGGCGGUCGAGCGAACGAACGGCCACGGGCACCAGAACGGGGAGCUUGGCCGUGGUCAGUUGGCACUGGACAAGCUGCUAGCCUCGCUGGCGCUCGAGAGUGACGUGACGGAGGAGCAUUUGGCGAAGAUCGAAGGUCGCUCUGAGGGCCACUACACUGAGCAGCAGCAGCAACAGCGAAUCCAGGACGAAGUCAAUCACCGCUGCGAACUAUCGGACGUACUGGCCAGUCUCGUGGAGUACGAUAUGACGGAGAACCAGCGGGGCCAGCUAAGUAAUGGCCACGCGACGUACUAUGGCCCCAGACCCGGAUCGCAGCCCCCAACACCGGUGGCCGCCGAAUUGGUCAACGGAUACGGUGUCCAGCAGCACGGGACGACAGCACGGCACAGCCACGAGCUAGUGGCGGGCGGUGGUCAACCUCACCACCAGCACCAUCACCAUCACCACCACGCCCAUCAUCCGCUACUAAUGAACAAUCAUGUGCGACGCAUUGCUUCCGAAACCGACAGUACCAUCUCAUCCAUUUCGCCUAGCUUAUCCGAACGCAGCAAUGCGAUCUCUUGGUGCGAUCAGGCACGGGAAGAAUCGUUCUCGUCGUACCGCUCGGAGACGGAACCGGACAACUCACCGAUCGGUGGUUCGCCACGCCCGGAAACGCCCGCCUUCCCGGUGACGCCACGCACACCGUACGGGCUGAGCAACGGCACCUCUAGUCCAGCGCUUCCACCCAAGAGUCCGACAUCACAACGCAAGUAUAACUCCGCUUGGUCACUACGAAGUCAGAAAUCGAGCGUUUCGACGUACGACGUGAGGAAAAACGUGAUCCUAAAACAGUUCGAAAGACUUGCGCAUGCCCGCAAGGCUCUGUUUCAGUGCGUUGCGCCGGUCUUAGAGAAACGGACGCAAGGCGGCUGUACAUUCUACUACGACAAGGACCUGUUCAGUGGCAACCAGCGAACGCACGAGAUCGUCAACCAGAACGAAGCCCUGUCCUGUUACACGUCGCGCCGCAACUCCACCACCUCGAACGCGAACAGCGAACCGCAGGAAGUGGCUCCGCAGUUUGUGAAGUUUGCCCGCGACUCGUCCAAGUACUGGUACAAGCCGAGCAUCAGCCGUGAGGAAGCGAUCACCCUGCUCCGGAACGCGGCGCCCGGCACGUUCGUGGUGCGCGACUCGACGACGUUCGCGAAUGCGUACGGGCUCGUCGUGAAGGUGGCCCAUCCACCGCCCGGUGUCCAGUACUCGGGCCCGAACGGCGAGGAGCUCGUCCGACACUUCCUCGUGGAGCCCACGAUCCGUGGGGUGCGCCUGAAGGGAUGCGCUAACGAGCCCGUUUUCACGUCGCUGUCGGCGCUCGUCUAUCAGCACUCGAUCACUCCGCUGGCGCUUCCCUGUCGCCUCAUCAUCCCCGAUACGGACCUACAGCAACUGGAGCUUCAGACACCGGCCCAGCAGCAGCUACUGCAGCAAGGGGCGGCCUGUAACAUAUUGUACUUGUUCACUUGCGACACGGAAUCACUCACAGGACCACAAGCCAUCAGGAAGGCGGUCAGUUCGCUGCUUGCGCUACGGCCGCUGCCAAAACCGACGCAAGUGCACUUCAAGGUAUCGCUACAGGGAAUCACACUGACCGACAACACGCGGCAGCUAUUCUUUAGGAGACAUUACCCGUCGAACAAUGUGUCCUUCUGUGCCCUCGACCCGGACGACCACCGGUGGAGCAUCCAGUCGACGACGGGCGAUAUUCCGGCGACCAAACGCAUCUUUGCCUUUGUCGCGAAACGAUCGCCAUCGUCGGCGGACAAUCAGUGCCACGUGUUCUGCGAGCUGGAACCGACGCAACCGGCCACCGCCAUCGUGUCCUUCGCCAACAAGGUGGUGCUCGGGGGAACCGCCCAGCAGCCAGCAGUUACCAGAGCGAUCUAGGCACGAGCGACACUCCGGAGGGCGGAGGGAUUGAUCGAUGCAAAGCAUCGAUCACUGCGCUGCCGUUGAAAGCAGCGAUCACGAUGUUGUCUUUAUGCUGCUGCAUGCUUCCUUGUUUAAUCAUUAACCCCGGGUUAGACGGGUGCGCGGGACCUGUCCGUUGUCACAAAUAAAGUGUGGAUGCGAUGCACCGCGUGACCCGUCACAGAACCGUCGUCGUGUAGACUCACAAAUAAAAGUAAAACCCUGAAAAAAAAUGCAUAACACGAACAUAACAAACGCGAAAGAGAGAGAUAUUCACACCGUAUUUAAUUCACCGUACAAGCGACACACUGUUCGUUUUAACACUCAAAGUGCAUGGUUGAACACACUGACAUCAAAACACUUAAAAAGAAGCAGCGGGUGCGGGUCCUGCGCGGCUCUCCGUUUGCCAACUCGUACCAUUUAUCGUGUUGUAAUCGUGUAAUUAUUAUUUAGCGUUAACUUCUAGACAACGUAACAACGUAGUUUUCUUCGUGUCCGAUGCAUGUGGCCGAUACAUGUAAAAGUCAGUCUUUCGUUAUUUCUUUUUGCGUUCGUUCCCGUUGCGUCAGAUUUCGAAGCUCUUACACGGUGGUUGCGCCCCAGAAUCUUGGUUGCAAAGCUAUCUCGUUCUUUUGGACAAACGUAACCGUAACUAAGAAGCACCACAAGCAAUAUACGCCGCCGACCAGGGCGAAGAUCGCAUCCUGAGCGAUUGAUUGAAGAGCGAAAAAAAGGAACCGAUAAUCAAUGUCAAUCAAUUUUUGUUGCGUUAAUUUAUGUUGUAUUUUAUUUCUGCUUUGUGCAUAAAGAAAAUCAUAUAAUUCA